AUUUAACCACUCGCAUCUCCCUUAUCUCCUACGGCUCUACUCUUGCCGUUCCUUUUCUCUCUGUUUUUUUCUCUGAAAGGAGGCCUUUCCUUUCUCCAUCACUUUCUAUAAACCAACCUUUCAAUCCUCCUCCAACUAUUUGAUAAACUAAGCUUUGAACAAUGCCGUCGUACACCCCUCAGUUCUCCUCCACCUACUACCCUCAGAAGAGGGACUUCAACGCCCUCCUCGACGCCGCCCGCCCCUUCCUCCGUGAGCAGCUCGAGUUGGUCGACCCCGCCCUCCCUUCCCUCAUCACCGUCCUCCGCUCGGUUGGCGCCGGGGAGUGCUUCCACAAGCAUGGCUCUUUUCUCUCCCACCUCACCGAUGUCUACCGCAUCCUCAAGCUCUGGUGCGCCCCCGACCCCGUCGCCCGCUGCGGCCUCCUCCACUCCGCCUACUCCAACUCCUACGUCAACCUCGCCAUUUUCGACGCCGGCACCAGCCGGGACUACGUCCGCAGCCUCGUCGGUGCACCGGCCGAGCGCCUCAUCCACCUCUUUUGCAUAGUUCCACGCCAGACCCUCAUCAUGGAUGACCUCAUCUUCCGCUACUCCGACGCCGAGCUCGUCGAACACCUUUCCCUAUCCGAAGCCUCUCUCAGAGAGGCAAAGGAGAAUGGUGUCUUCGACUCCUUGGCGCCAUGGCGGAGAAAGCUCCAGUCUCUCCUCCCAGCAGGAGGGAUCAGGGUGAAGCACAUCAAGACCCGGGAGGAUGUGGCGGUGUCGAGGAGAAUGGUGGCUAUCUUCCUUCUGAUGUCCAUCGCCGACUUCAGCGAUCAAUACUUCGACUACCAAGAUAAGAUGUUCGACAAUGACGAUGGGAGGCUCGAGUAUCAGGGGAAAAAUUGGACCGUGCUGUGGCCUGGUACCGGAAAGCCAGGUUUGUGGAUGAAUAUGAAUUCAAACAUGGGUGCCUUGUAUACUCUUAUACUGAGGGAGGAGGAGAUCUACUUGGAGGAGAGAAAGAGAGGAGGAGGGGGAGGUGAAGGUGAAGGUGAUAGAGAUGAGGAGAUUGAGCUGGUGAUCCCGCCAGUGUUUGAUAACUGCACCAAGGUGUUGGAUGCCCAGGAGCAGAUUGUUGCAAGGGACUUGUACUGGGAGGCGGUUUGUGGUGACUGGGAGAAGGAGGGGAAGUGGGAGAGGGUGGAGGAGCUGCUGCUGGGAAGCUGUGAGAAGAACCCAUUUGUUGGGGAGCCUCAUCUGGUUCUGGCUCAAGUGUAUUUGAACUUGGAGAGGUAUGAGGAAGCUGAGAGGGAGGCGGAGAGGGGGCUGCGUCUGAUAAUAGAGUGGGGGAGCAGCUGGGACAAGAGGAUGACCUGGGAGGGGUGGGUGGCUUGGGGAAGGGUGAUGCUUGCUAAGGCCAAGGAGAAGGCAUGGCCCCAUUCAGCAUGGGGGAUUAUCAAUCUUGGACUCGUAAGGUAAGACCGGCUCAGAUAUUCUCUGCUGUGCUUGGUAAAAUAAAGCUUGUUAGAAACAAGUUUGUAUCCACGGUGCCCCUGCCCCAGUAAAAUAAAGCUUGUGGAAACUUGUUUGUGUUAUCAAAAUUAGAUAUGCAAAAAUCUGCAACUCUGAUAAGAUUGGCAAUGCAAAGGUAGUAGUGAUAAAGU